UCUUUUUCACUCACUCUCUCAUUCAUAUGUCUCUUUUUAUUAUCUCUCUCUAUUCAUUUCAUUGCCAUUGAAAGAAGGUGAUGAGUUCUCUCAUUCUCUUCUAUAUCUCUUUACUAAUACAUGAUUAAAGCCCUCUUCUUCCUUUUUUUGAUAAUCCCUAUUCAAUACCUGAGAACAAAUUGUAUCAAGAUCUCUCUUUAAAGAGCUUAGGUCACACUUGUCUGAGUGGAUCGGUGACAACAGUUAUAACCGGAGCCAGGAGCCGUUCUUUGGGUGCUAAGUAAAUAGUUUCAUGGCUUCCAAGUCUAGUCCUGGAGAACAUAAUAAGGAAAAGGGCGAUGAGAAAACCUCGGAAGCAUCUGUUUCCAGUUCCAGCCAAAGUAUCUCUGUCAGCACUUUGGCAGAUCAAGUAUCUUCAACUUUGUCUUUUGCUCAAAGCUGUGGAAGUAAAUCCAGUGGAGAAGUUAAACUUAAUGAGCUGUCUGAUCUUGCCGAGACCGGAAAGCGUAACACUUAUAGACCAAGCACAAGCAGUGAUAUCAGUGACGAGAGCACAUGCAGCGGUUUAAGUACCAACAAGCCUCACAAGGCGAAUGACGUGAGAUGGGAAGCGAUACAAGUUGUUCGAGCGAAACAUGGCUCUUUGGGUUUGAACCAUUUUAGGCUCUUGAAGAGGGUAGGUGGUGGAGAUAUCGGAACUGUCCACCUUGCUGAGCUGCACGGGACAAGGUGUUAUUUCGCAAUGAAGGUUAUGGACAAAGGAGCUUUGGCUAGCCGUAAAAAGCUUCUUAGAGUUCAGACCGAGAGGGAGAUAUUGCAGUCUCUUGACCACCCUUUUCUCCCAACUCUGUAUAGUCAUUUCGAGACUGAGAAGUUCUCAUGUUUGGUUAUGGAGUUCUGUCCUGGAGGUGACUUGCAUACCCUUCGUCAAAGACAGCCCGGGAAGCGGUUCUUGGAACAAGCCGCAAAGUUUUAUGUAGCGGAGGUACUACUUGCGAUGGAGUAUCUUCACAUGCUUGGGAUCGUAUACCGUGAUCUUAAGCCAGAGAAUGUUCUUGUUAGAGAUGAUGGACAUGUGAUGCUUACUGACUUCGACCUCUCCCUGAGGUGUACCGUUAGCCCCACAGUGGUCAGAUCAACUACCCUCGUGUCUGAAGCCUUGCAAAGGAGCUCCGGUAACAACUGUGCACAACCUGCUUGCAUCCAACAGCCAUCUUGCAUGUCUGCUCCGACAACAUGCUUUUCUCCACGGUUUUUCUCAAGUAAAUCCAAGAAAGACAAGAAGGACAAGAAACCGAAAACCGAAACUGGGAACCAGGUCACUCCGUUGCCUGAACUCAUCGCUGAGCCCACAACCGCUCGCUCAAUGUCAUUUGUUGGCACGCAUGAAUACUUAGCACCUGAGAUCAUCAAAGGUGAAGGGCAUGGGAGUGCGGUUGAUUGGUGGACUUUUGGGAUCUUUCUGUACGAGCUCUUGUUUGGUAAAACACCGUUCAAAGGGUCAGGAAACAGAGCAACACUCUUCAACGUUGUUGGUCAGCCUCUGCGUUUCCCUGAAUCUCCAGUUGUCAGUUUUGCUGCUAGGGAUUUGAUUAGGAGUCUGCUUGUGAAGGAGCCUCAGCAUAGAUUAGCGUACAAGCGUGGUGCAACCGAGAUUAAGCAACAUCCUUUCUUUGAAGGAGUGAAUUGGGCAUUGGUUCGAUGCGCAAGCCCUCCAGAGAUACCAAAGCCUGUUGAAUUUGAGAGUGCUCCUCCUACUCCUGCACCAGCCACAUCUACCAGUGUCAAGGCUGAUCAGAGUAGCUAUCUUGACUUUGAUUUCUUUUGAGAUUUUUCAGUAAGAAAACUGCCGUUAGAUUAUCAUAUUGAUUAUCAAAUCUUUAUCAACAAUGUGCAACAACGUUUAAUACUUGAGAAUUUUUAGUUCUUUGUCAAUGCAAUACUUGGAAAUUCUGAAUG